UUGUUAUUUCCACGAAACACAGGGUGUUCGCUGCAUGUUUGCCCUCCCCCUCUAAAACCCCAGCACCCAGAGCCGCCGGCGGCGGCGGCGACGGCGACUCGGAAAGGGGAUCUCCGGCGACGUCUCGCGGAUCUCCGGUUGCGCUUCUUGGCGACAUGGCGAAGGGAUCCAAGAAGAAGAAGGGAUCCAGUGCGACGAGGAAUCCGGCGGCCGAGCUCACCGACGACCUCAUCGUGGAGAUCCUCUCCCGCCUCCCCGCCAAGUCGGUCCGCCGAUGCAGGCGCGUAUGCAGGCGGUGGCGCCGCCUCAUCUCCGAUCCCCAUCACCGCAAGAAGCUCCCCCAAACCCUCGCCGGCUUCUUCCACCUCAGCGUGAACGAAUCACGCUUUCCCGUGGAAGCACGCCAUUUCGUCAAUGUCUCCGGGAUAGGGGGACGCCUGCCUCACGUCUGCCCAUCCUUCUCCUUCCUGCCUCGCUUUGAGCGCAUCAGUAUGGUGGACAGCUGCGGCGGCCUCCUCCUCUGCCAAUGCUUCGAGAGCUCAGAUGCAUUCCGCUACGUCGUGUUCAAUCCUUGUACUGAGGAAUGGAUCGUCUUGCCGGAGUCCGGCUUCCACCCCAAGGACCGGGGGUUCUGCGCCCGCUUGGGAUUUGACCCUGAUGUCUCCUCGCAAUUCCAUGUCUUUGAGUUUGUGCCAUGUGAUGAUGUGACUGGGGUGAAGAUCUACUCUUCUGAAACCAGAGAAUGGAAUUACAGGGAAAGUGAAUGGUGCACUGAUACCGGCAUAUCUGAUAUUUGUAGAAGUGCCUUUUGCAAUGGCAUGCUGCAUUUGGUUUCCUAUCAGCGUUCAAUAGUGUCGGUAGAUGUGGAAGGGAGGACAUGGCGUACAACGAAAGUGCCGAAAAUGGAAGGGGUGGAAGAAGUGCGUGAUUGGUUGCCAGGUUCCAUCUGUCAAUCCGAAGGGAAAUUGUACUACCUCAGUCAAUACAACACUGUCCCCAUAAGCCUGUCAAUAUGGCUUCUUGAGGACUACUCGAAGGAUGAGUGGACAUUGAAGCAUAGUGUGACUAACGAACUGCUGUAUGAGAAGAUAAACUCCAAGUACAAAUCUAGCGAGUUCUGCUAUGUGGUCAUAGUUCACCUGGAUUGCAAUUUGAUUUACUAUAUUACUAGAGACUACACGCUGAUGGCAUAUGACAUGGAUCAUAAGGAGUCACGUGUUAUUCAAGCUCUUGGGUCAGAUUGUAUACUGGAGUGUCUUCCCUAUGUUCCACUCUAUGCAGAAACACUGUCCAAUAGGAGCUAAGUCAGUUUCUUUGUAGUACACCAGUGUUGCUUGGCAUUUGUUCCCAUGAAAUGAUAUUUAGACCUUUUUCAAAAUCUAUGUAUUUGGGCCUUUUGUGAGGAUCAGCAUGAACACAUUUCCAAUUGUCAUUUGUGAAAUGUUGGUCUGCAACUUAUUGUAUCGUAUGAUUAAUGCUGAUGUUUGUUAGCUAUGAUGUUUGUUAGAAUGUAAAAAUUCAGUAUGUUAAAGCGGCGUUUCUCCUUGUUA